AUGUUACUUGGACUGCUGACAGCCAACAAACAUUUGCAGAAGCUUUUUAGGAAAGAUAAAAAAGGUAUGCUUUCGACUCUUUAGUGUAUCCAUGCAGUACAGUACCUAUCUUAUCCUCAACCAUGUCAAUAAAGUAGAUUUUAUCUCGGUUUGCGUCACUCUGUUUUAUAUUAUACCAAAACUACAUAUUUUGAUAGCUGCCUAUACAGGGUGUAUAAAAAAACUGCACAGAUUUGAAAUUUGCUCUUAAAUUCGCAAAACAGCUAUUAGUAUCCAGUUUUUUUUUAUGUAUAUAGCUUCUUUGGCUACUUAUAAUGUAGAAAAAUGGAAAAAAAAUUCUCGAACUCAAAUUUUGUGAACCAGGGGUGUGUGUCUUUUCCAACAAACUAAAAAUGGCUUGCGCACGAAAUUUAAAAGCUCUAAUCAUAUUUUAAGUUAACAGAUGGAAAGUUUGUUGGGUGUUUAAUUACUGUACAAAAUUUCAGACAAUUUGCUUCAGUUUACGCCCUUUAUUGACCAUUCACGCAAACUUACAUUUUUUCUUAAAAAAUCACCAUUUGCAUGCUAAUCAAUGCCUUUGCCUAAUUUGCAUAUGUCAGCAAUAUGCAAAUUAGGUAAAGGCAUUAAUUAAGCAUGCGAAAGGCUAAUUUUUUAGAGAAAAAUGAAUAGUUAAAGGCUUAAACUAAAGCAAAUUGUCUGAAAUUUUGUACAGUAAUUAAAAACCCAACAAAUGUUCCAUCUAUCAACUCAAAAUAUGAUUUUAUCAAAAUAGAUUUUAUCUCGGUUUGCGUCACUCUGUUUCAUAUUAUAUCAAAACUACAUAUUUUGAUAGCUGCCUAUAUUAAAGAUUGAUAUGAAACCAUGAAUUAUUUUAAAUAAAUAACAAUCAUUUUUAUUCAACACAAUAAUAAUAAUAAUAUGAACAUGUAAUUGUUCGUAUUUCCCAAAUGGUUAAAUGCGUUUUAUUGGCAAUUUGGUAAGAUGAUAAUAUUGUUACAACUUGUGGAAAAGCUACACGCUUGUUGCGAACACAUCCUGUUGACGAGAUGUUGUGUAAUUGAUGGUUUAAAUUACUGCUUGAAACUAGGCUGCUUGGGUGGUCGUUUGUCGAUUGAAUAGUUAGAUGAUGGCUUGUUCAAUAACAGAAUAACUGAUAUAAUUAUUUAAUAGUUCCAGCUUUGGCAUGGAAAGAUAUUAUAUCCAACCACAGUGUGCCUUCUGAAAUCGACUGUGCAUUUAACUGUGGUAAUGAGCCAAUAUGUGCUGGAUUUAAAUACAAAUUUGGUACACUGAACAGUCCAUCAGUAAACUGCCAACUCAGCAACACUACUGGCAAGAACAACAUGGCAAAUUAUGAUGAUCAGGGCUGGGUGUUUUUUAUCGAUGAUACAAAAAAAAUGGUACGUAUACUUAAAUUAUGUGUGCAAUAACUCUUGAAACAAUAGCGUGAUUCCUUUUUAUCUCCAUGUUUCAUUGUUUAUAUAUUUAAUUCGGGUUUUUUUUUCAAUAAAGCCGUGCAACCAACAGUGAUGUAUUUAGUGCGUCACUUAGUAUUAGCAAAUAUACAAAACUUAGAAAAAAUAUUGUUGGUAUGAUACAAAAAAGUUACUGUUAAGUGCAUGUUAACAGCUAUAACCUAAGCAUUACCUAACCUAAAGGUUACUGUAAACCUAACAGCAACUUGGUUUCCUUCAGUCGAACCGGCCUAAUACACUUUUACUAUAUUAUAAAAGCGCUUUAUAGUUGAAAAUGUAUUAAUUAUAGAAACAUUACAGUCAUACAUGCACAACUGAGAAAGAAAUGACUACAACGCCUGGUAUUCCUACAACUAAGAAAGAAAUGACUACAACGCCUGGUAUUCCUACAACUAAGAAAGAAAUUACUACAACGCCUGAUAUUCCUACAACUAAGAAAGAAAUUACUACAACGCCUGAUAUUCCUACAACUAAGAAAGAAAUGACUACAACGCCUGGUAUUCCUACAACUAAGAAAGAAAUGACGACAACGCCUAGUAUUCCUACAACUGGUAAGUGCAACGCAAAUUUUAAAUUAAAUAUCUUCAUAUUUUAGUAUUUCGAAAUUCGAAUUAUAUAGAGAAUAAAGGCGGAUUUCCAGUCCUCGCACGAAGCUCCUCACAGCUCGCUGCGAGUGCUUGCAUCUAAUUAAAAUUAACUGUUUAGCAUUGUGAUUGGAUGAAAGUGCUCAUGCAUGCACUCGCAGCGAGGAGCUUCGUGCGAGGACUGGAAAUCCGCCUUAACACAUGGGUGCGCGGAAAUACCAGAUUUAUUUCGAGUGUUGAACAUGAUAUCUCACGCCCCCCGCUCACCAACAACUUUGGGAAAAGAAAUAUUAAUUAGCGACUGAAAUGUUGUCGGCAAAUGCGAUACUACCCCAACCUCAGCCUGUUUGCUACGGUCCUGGGCAGACGGUAUCCACGAAGGAUUACUCAAAAGGCGAGUCGUCUGCCAUGCAGGGUAUGCUGGGAUAAGUAAAAAUCUAUCUUCAUAAUGAUCCAUUUCAUUUCUUGAAAUUUAUUUAGUCCUGCCACAACAUAGUGAAUGCUCCGGCUAUUCAUGGCUGAAAGAGAGCAGCAGAAACCAGAAAUAUCGACAACCCCAACACAAUUGUGACGACGGUCUUUCAGGAUGGUACAGAUUUGGAGAAGGAGCUGGGAUUAAAAUGGCAUCAUCGUGUGUACCUUGGAGGAGUUGUGGAACUAAUGGCCCAGGUUGGAUGAAUGGUGCUCACCCUACAGUUGCUGAUAGAAACGUGACCAGGAAAGUGUGUUACACUAGGAAAGAUGAUUGUUGUUCGCGGUCAAAUAACAUCGAGGUUGUGAAUUGUGGACAGUAUUAUGUUUACAAACUAAGCCCUCCUCCUUUGUGUAACUACAGAUAUUGUGGAUCAGAUAAUUGA